AGCAGAUCGCACAGAGGAGCAUCGAGAUACGGAGGCGCGCAGAUACUCACCUCAUCCAAAAUGAGUCUUCAGGUUUGCCACUGUGGCUGGUCCAAAAACACAAGUUACCAGGGCCUCAGAGUUCACCAGGGAAAGAUGGGAUGUACACCAAAGGGAAUGAGGAUGCCUGAACAUGCACAAUUCAGUUACCUUCCUACAGUGACCAUCCUGAGUCCUCAGAUCAAAUUAACAGACCCAUUUAUGGAUAUUUUCAAGAAUUCUGUGAAGUCUGAUUCUUCUUCAAACGCAAGCUACUACAGCUGGCCCAGAAUCACAGCUGAUCAGGACCUCGGAGAUCUCCAGGGAGGGAUGAAAUCUACACAAAAUCAACUGGAGGAGAACAAAGUUCAACUCUGGAGAAAUCAUCAGGAAGAAUCUCAUCAAAACUACAGCAGACCAACUUUCAGUUCUUCAGUCAAGGAGGAGAAUAGACUUCUGCCAUCAAGCUUCAUCCCCCAAAUCGAUUCUCCAGCCAGACAAGCCUCCGCAGUAGAGAUAAUUAAAUCAUUGGUUGAAACUCAGCAACAGUCUGUGCCAACAGGUUCAAACAUGGGCGCAUAUCAGGGGCUUGAUUUUGCCUCUGGUGCCCAGUCUGUGUUCAUGGCCAUGUCACAGACCUUCAGCAACCACAGUGAUCAUACAGACAACAUAACCACAAAGAUGGAGACAGACACAUCAUUCUUUGAGACUCCUCAGCGCUCUCAUCAAAGCACCGUGAGCUCAGACAAAGCCCGUCGAGCUCUGGACUUCUCUACUGGUGAACAGCAGGUGGUACAACUCUUGGAGCUUCCUGGGAAAGCAGCCCAGCAUGCAGCAAUCUGCCCUGAAGAAAAAGAAAAGGAGAUAGACAGACUGAAAGAGAAGAAGACUAAAAAACUACAAAAGGCGAAACAGGAAAAGAUGAAAUCUGACUUGCAGCAGAAAAUUCACAUCAGAGAGCUCAAGAUGGCUGAAGUCAGAUCAUUGGAAAUAGACUGCAAGAGUUGGGCUACUCUGGAUGCUGAAUCAGUGGAGAUCAGCUGA